AUGUUCCUUGUUGGCAUUUGCCAUGCUGCCGACAUGGAUAUAAAGAGUUACUUUAAACAAUGCCUUAAAGAGAAGUAUUCCAUCGACUAUAUGAACGUGGACCUGUCACCCCUGCUUCCGGAGAAAUUUCAGCCUGGAAAAUUCGAUCCUAAAACCUUUGACUUUAAAAACUUUGACUAUAAAGGCUUCAACGAGGCAAUUGAAAAGGUUAAGGACAGCAAGGAAUAUAAGGAUGCCACUAUCUAUCAUGACUGCAAAUGUAACCCUUCCGAAGAUGAAUCCUGCAUUAUGCCAGAUGGUUGCUUAAACGAUAAAAACACUCCCAAUGACCUUUUGAUCAAGUACAAGGACUGUGGAGUGCAAACAGUAAAGAAGCGAGCCGAAGCCCAGGCCGAAGCUGAGAGAUACCAGAAGGAACUCGCAAACCGCCCCAAACAACCCGAAAAGGAACCCGAAGAUGGCCAGAUUGGUGGCAGGUGUCAAUUGUGGAGAUACUGCUACGGUGAAGCUCGCUGCGAAAACUACAGAUGUGUGGCUCACGCCUGUAAGAAAGAAGGCGAAGUCCCCAAUGGACCUGACGACAAAUGCUGUAUGCCUAUGGUCACGAGACAGGGAUCCCCAUGCAAACUGCUCAACACAGAUCAUUCCGAUAACAACUGCAACAGCCACCGUACAUGUCAGCUCAAUCACGAAGGCAGAGAUUAUAAAUGCUGCUAUUCUCAUGGCCGCCAAAACGCUCCAAUGUGUGUUCCAAAUAAGGAAUGUAAAUGGGGCUAUCUUUAUUCCCAAUGA